UCUACUGUUUAUAAAAGCUGGGGCACGGCCCUCAAAAGCCAAAGGAAGCAAAACCCAUUCUGAAAGAAGAUGCUUAGAAUGCCGGCCUGUAGUUGCGUGCUCCUGCUGAGCCUGAUGAGCGCUGCGGCUGCCUCGGGAUGCUGGUGGAUGGACAACAGAUUUAACACCUACCACGAAGAGUCUCUCAAGCUCUUGGACCAAAUGGCUGCCAAUACGACAGAGGAUGCGGAGAAUCCUGUGGCUUUCCCCAAACAUGUGUACGAGAGGGCGGCCGAAGCAUCGGUUGCGGACCGUCUGGCUUUGGUGGUGCAGAUCCUGCAGGAGGUGGGGGACCUGUUUGACCAGAAAAACACGUCUUCUUCUGCAUGGGACGAAAGGACACUGGACAGCUUUCUCAACAUCAUCCACGAGGAGAAAAGCGGCCUGCAAUCUUGUCUUGACAGAACGCAUGGGAAGACUCAGAACGGCAAAGGCAAAAACCGCAAGCUGUGCUCAUAUUUCACGCGACUGUCACGCAGCGUUCUCAAAGGAAAGCAGCACAGUGCGGAGGCCUGGGAGAUGAUCAGGAAAGAAGUUCAAAUGCAUCUUUUCCAAGCCAGCCGGCUCAUUCCGACCAAGACUUCCAAGUGACGACGAUGCCAU